GACAGGUGGACGAUGGCGACAUAGACGAGGGAGAUGCAGCAUUCAGUCUUCAUAUCUUGCCGGUCUCCAGUUCUCCAACAGGACUGCUCUUGGUUGUUUCAUUGUUGACGUGGUCACAUGCUCACCAGGGCUCACUGCGAGUCUACUAUCGCUCGCUACAAGAGGUGAUCCCCAUUGCCCACCACCCCUCUCAUUGAAGUGAAAGCUCUCUGCAGAGUCAUGGAUCUCAACUUUGGCACGUCCCCUGCUUCAAGACAUCAUCACCAUUCGAGGGGCAGUCACGGCAGCAACGUGGCCUCCAGCAGCGCCGGCGCUGCUCUAGCGCACAGCAACUCUCUGCUGAUCGGCUCGAGCAGCAGCGCAGCUGGUCCAUCGGACUCGAUCACUGCAGCUGUAGCGGGUGGUAGCGGCGGGGGAAGCGCUUCCAACGCUGAACAGAUCAUCUCCGCUGGUACGUCAACAAGCGUUCACCCUGCCCUCGCCGCAGCUGCUGCCGGGCACUCGCACGGCCAAGGUACUGUACUGGGCGGUGCCGCCAGUGGUCAUAGCGCGGCAGCAACUACAAACAGCAAUAUGACCCCUUCUGUCUCCCUUCAUUUGCCCGGAACUACUAAUGUGGCCGACAUGUCGAGCUUCUCGAUUCAUGGAGGUAGCCCGCUGCCCGUGCUUGGUCUGCCUGUGUCUCCGUCUGGACCCGGUGGAGCGACAUCUGCGGGAGUGGGGCCAUCAGCUUUGACAGCCGCAUACACGCCCAGCAAUUCGGAUCCAACCGCCCAUGCUCACCAUCGGACACACCUCGCUUCACUUUCUUUCAUGUCGCACAUGUCCAAGGCCCUGCACCAAGGUGGAAUGUGCUCAGACGUGAUCAUCGCUGCGUUUGGGCGGCACUACAAGCUACACAAGAUCGUGCUCGUUCAAGCCGGUUUCUUCAAUACCAUGUUCUGUGGGGGCUUCAGCGAAGCGGAAGAAGCGACCUAUGGGAUCGAACUUGCGCAGCCAAGCUUGACCGACAAGGCAUCCCACGGUGGCGCCCAUCGCUUCGAUGUGCAUUUUCCCGACCCAAACAUGUCUCGUCCCGCCUUUGAGUUUUGCAUCGCUACGCUCUACGGAUGCGCCCCAACCCUCAAGCUGCCGGGGUGGGCGAACCCCAAGGCAGACACACCCCUUGGCGAGGCUUUCCCGAAUACGAUAGGUCGCGGCUCGACUAACAACAAGGCUCACGCCAAUGAUGCUUCUGCCUCCACCUGCCGCUCGUCGAGCACUAUCGGCGCGCUUGGUGGAUAUGCACGGAGAGGAGAAAGCAAGGACAACACGAAGCAAAAGGGAAAGAAAGCAAAGGGCACGCAUGGACACAAAGCUUCGGCUUUUGAUGUGUCCUUCACCUCCAGCCUUCGGGCGGGCGACACCGGCUUGCUCGGCCAAGGGCAGGUGCCAACCUCACCUCAGUUCCCAGCGGAUAACACACAAUGGGCUACGCCGCGCUUUCUCCUAUCGCUGAUCGCAACAUCGACUUACCUCGGCGUACCCUCCGUCACGUCUUUGGCGCUCACUCUCAUUCUGGGAAGCAUCUCGCCCUACACUGUCUCAGCAUACUUGCGCUUCGCGUCUGGACUCGGCAUUGUCUCUCCUUCGCACUUACAAGUCGUAGAAGGACACAGUCGCGACGUUUCCAACAGUCUCAUUGACGAGCUCGAAGGACCGCUGAUCGGAUGGGAGCGCUUAUCGGCCGCCAGCGCCCCGUACCCUGCAACCAGACACGCUAUGCGCUCACCCCAGCAGGUGCAGAUGCAGAACCACCGCGUGCGGUCGCCGCCGCUGUCUCUGUCUUCACCCAGGCAAGAGCCACAGUGCAGUGCUGCAGCAGAACCAUCUGGAUGUUGCGCAACCGGCUCCAUUUCGCUCGUAGCGGAUCGGUGGGACGGCCAGCAGGUGCACACAAGUACGGAUAUCAAUUGGGGCGCUCCUUCUGAGGACAAUGAGAUGUCUCGCUCUCCGAUGGGAAAGUCAUCACCUGCUCCGCAGAUCCCACCUCAGCUGCCUGACAACCACCAUCAAGAAGCGACCGCUGAUGCAGUUCACAGCAUUGGCAAUGGCGCCGACUGGAUGAAGGAGGACGUCUCCACAGACCUGCCGCACACUGCGCAGCUCUUCUACGGACCGUCUUGCAACAAAAUUGGCGAAGCGUGCGUCUCAUGGCUUUGUCGAUGGGGAGGCGACGUGCUGGACUGGGAGAUCAACAUCCGCGAGGGCGCCGGAACAGAUACUGCAACCGAUGACGAGUACAUGUCGCUGGGAUCUUCAAGACGAAGCGAAAAUGUGCUUGGCAAGGAUGAGGCUAGCGAGGAUGCUCUGAGCGAGGAUAGCGACGAACAGUAUUUACCUCACAAGUUGGCUACCAUACGCGUCACACCUAGCGAAACCCUCGCUCAUCCAUCGCUGCCUACUCCAGUCAUUUGGGCUUACUCUCGCGCGCACGGUCUUCCUUCUGACAUUGUGCGCGAGGUCAUCUCGUCAGACUCAUUCUUCGUCAAGUCUGAAUGGGCGAGGUACACGCUUGCUAGAGACAUCGUCGAGUUCAGGCGACGAGGGAAGGAAACCGGUGCCGAUGAUGAUGAAACAGAGAUGGACGACUCGGCUAGUCUCGAUGACCAUGAUGCCGAUACCCAGUCGCUCGAGAGGAACUCUGCGGAUCACUCCGGUAGUUUGCCCAAAGGCUUCAAAGACAGGAGGGCGACGCCGACGGGAAAGUCUACUGGCGAGACACCGAGGACUUCUCCUCGUGGGCAGCAAGCGGAGACCAUUUCUUCGCUGCGACGCCCAUCUGACUCAAACGAGGAAAUGGGCCUUGAGCGGACACGUUGUUCCGAUUUGGACUCUGACGAGACGGAGUACAGCGAGCUCUUCUCUCGCGGGAUCUACUACACACAUAUGUCGUUCUCUGAACUUUCCGCAAUCGCAGAAGAUGUCAGUCCUUCGACGGGAAGCCUUUAUGUGCCAGAACAAGUACUUCAAAAGGCACUUUGGGCCGGUAUGGAAUUCCGCAACAUUAUUCUGCAAAGCAAUGACCGCGAGGUCGACUCAUCGCAACUGGGUGACGACCCCGAUCGCUUGCUCAUGACCGGCCUCACAUUGAAAGAGGACGCACUAUGUGAUCUCUACCUGGCCAACGACUUGGACGCCUUCCGGCAAGACUUCUUUGCUGGCACGUCAUUUUCCGACUCCCCUUCCAAGUCGUGGCGCUCUUUGAAGAGAGAGAACACGCCGUCGACCCCCGGCUCGCCGUCGAACAAGCUCGCAAAGCGACGACCCAGUACCAUGAACCUCAGCAUGCGUUCCGAUCUCCUCAGCAGCAACCACCUAAGCAAGAAAUCCGUUGCCGAUAAGCGCUUCUUCCCCGUUCCGUCAGAUGACACGCUUCGUUUGGGUGAUGGACUGGGGAGCUUGAUUACCGCUACGCUGCAAGUCAGGGAAGGGCUGACUGGGUAUACGCAUGACGCGCAUGGCGCUCUCACUGACACCGCUGCCUCAGCGAUCGGUGCCAGCGGCCUAGCUGGUCUAAAAGAUCCGUAUACGCUAUCUGUCCCGGCUUCCCGCCGCUCGCUCAUGUUCCCAGGACAAUCGCACCCUGCAAGUGGCCAAAAACCGCUGGCAAACUACUUUGGCAUUGCCGACUACUCUCGCACUGGCAAAGAAUUGGCAGAGAAGAGCGCGGCUGCAUCUGCCACAGCUGCUGAAAAUGCGGCCAGCGAAUCUUUCCGUGCGACUCCAUUCUCGCUCGAAGACCAUCUGCAAUCUGGUGGUGACAGUAAGGGAGACGGCGUCACCGAUGCUCGGGAAGAUGAGACGCCUGGCGUUCAUCGUGAGAUGUGGUUGCCAUUUGAGCCCAUGCGCAUCGGUGUUGACUUUUGGGGUGUAGACAAGCUGGCCGAACGCAACAGGCUUUACAGUCCGACAUUCUUCUAUGCCGGCAGUCUGUGGAACCUAUAUGUGCAGACCAUGCGAAAGCCCAAGGGUAUCCAGCUCGGCAUCUAUCUUCACAGGCAGAACCCGGCCGACGCUCUGCCGCCUGCUUCGGCGGAACCGAGCGAGGCCGCGGGAGCAUCCUCCUCCACGCGUGUCAAUGCGCCUUCUCUCGAUCAGCUGCUCAACGAAUCACUCAAUUUGGCGCCUGCAGGUCUCCACAGCGAUACAAUCGGUGGCAGCACCCCGCGUGGACCGAGAGUUUCAACCUAUGGCUCCUCGCUGAAUCCGGGUGGCGCGGCGCAGCAGCCUGACGAGCAGCCUCCGACGGUACCUGCAACGAUGCCCGCAAUGCCAUACCGGGAUCCGCGCAAGGGCAUCCGCGCUUUCUUCAGCAUCCACUGCCCCUCACCCUUUGGCAACGCGCUCACACGUUUCUCCUCCGGCCCUGACCAGUUCACGCUCAGUCAGAGCUGGGGCUGGAAGAGCUCGAGCCUUCUGGGUACCGUCUACCUCGCUGAUGGCCACAUCGAGGAUGUGCGCAGCGAAAGCGCCAAUCGAUUCCGAUGCGUGUGCACCAUCGGCCUCAUCUAAUGAUGUUGUGACCGAUUGCCCCGCUGAUACAUCUGUAGCAAGACUUGCCUUGUCGUACGUCCUCUCACAUAUGACACGCAUUCGUCACAAUUCAACAGCAAAGAUGCCGAAUUCUUCACCAUACGCUGCAUGAUCUUGUAUACCCUCCAAAAUCAUUAACUUUGCCGCUUUGCAAUGGAUUCAUCAUCAGUCGACGUGGGUCGGGCCUUGGUGAGCAGUGGAGAAUGCAUGCAUGCAGUGCAAUGAUACAG